UGUCAAGCAUUUUAUACAUGAUUUUUUCCCCUCGUAUUAUGAUCGAACCAUCUUUGAUUAUUCUUCAUUUCGUUGAUGUCUAGCUACUAUGUUAAACGAACGAGCCCUUGCCUUCCGCCUAGAGGUGGCAAUUUCAAUCCAAUCCAAUCCAUCAAUCCAUUAAAAAUAUCCACCUAAUCCAAUCCAUUUAAAUCCAAUCCAUUUUAUCCAAAUCCAAUUGGAUUGGUGGAUUCAUGGAUUGGAUCCAUGGAACAUUGGCAAAUUACGGUUUAGUACCUAUAAUUUUUUUUUUUACAUUUUGGUACCUAAAAUUUAAUUUUUUAUACGAAAAUAUCAUUGGAAAAUUACGUUUUGGUGCCUAAAAUUUUUCAUUAUGACAUUUUAGUACCUAAAUUUUUUACAUUUUACAUAUUGGUCAUUGGUUGAGGAUGUCAUUUGGAUUCAUGGAUAAUCCACCAAUCCACUUGAUCCAAUCCAUGAAUCCACCAAUCCAUUAGAUCCAAUCCAUUUGAUCCAUGAAUCCACCAAUCCAAUCCACCAAUCCACCAAUCCAAUCCAUUUGCCACCUCUACUUCCGCCCUUGUCUCGCAUUGUACUGGCUUGUUCUCGACAUGUCAGGUGUAACAAUCCUAACCCAAAUUUCUCUUAUUCACACUUUUACUAAAACCAUACCCUAAUAAGAAAUUGGAUAUGUACUCUCUUUCUACCUUUGAAAUACAUACCCAAAAAAUGCCGUAUUAACUUCUUCCGACUCUCUAACCCAAACCAAACUACACAACAAUUCGUCCUUAAUUUAAAAUGAAAUAAGUAUGAAUAUUGAGUUACCGCAAGUCCGCGGGUUGCCGUGACUCUUAGACUAGUGGUCUGAUGUCGUCCUCCUCGUAUUCGUAGAAAGAAAAAGAAAAGGAAGCGCGUAGGGUUAGUUGAGCUUGCCUAAGGUACACAAGUCGACCGACAGUGAGUGAGAGAGAGAGGCCGUACGUCGGUUCAUUAGAGAACCAAAGUCCAAAAUUGGGCAAGGAAGCGCAGACGUCGCUGCCUCCUCCUCGGCCUCGGGUCCUAUAGAACUUGCCGAGUUGGUUCUUCAACUCAGUCUUCUUCUUUCUCGCUGCCUAAUCCAUUUUUCUGAUGGCUAAUUUCACACACAUUAUUAUCAUUUUGGGUCGUAAUCCUAUUUGGGCAGCCUUGACUACUCUUUCUACUUCCGUUCUUUGCUUCUUCUCCAUGACAAUGUUGUAUCACCUUAUUAUUUGAUUAUAAAAUUAGAUACCGUAUGAAAAUCAUAAAUUUUUUUACAAUAUCAAUUGUACACGUCGAUCUUUUUAAAUUUUAAUAUAGUGAAUUCAUCAAUAAUGGAGUCUACAUCCAUACCAAUAACAUACUCUCUUUAAGAUAAAAUAGUUAACCAAUUGGCGAGAAAUUCAUCGCUCAUUUUAUUUCAUAGAUAAUUUUUCACCUAUUUCAUUUGUGAAAAGGUUCUCUCCGUAGUUGUUGAAACGAGCAAGGCCAACACUAGACAAAUCAAUCGACUAAUCAAUAUAUAUAUUUUGUGUCAAUCCCUAUUUUCACCAGUUACUCUAGUAAUUUUUCAAGUGAACAAACCUCAUAUUUCUUUUAAUAUUUUACGUUUUUUACUUUUAGAAUUUUAGGUUUCAUUGCUUGUUUUUCUUUAGGCGAGAAUCUUUGGAGUUAGAAUUUUCAGGUUAAAUUUAGAGCUGUGUUUUGAAUAUGUUCAUCAGACCCAUUUUCCUAAUUACACACAAUCUUAUUAUAAAAUAACAUUGGACCGAAUGACUACAACUGAUAAACUAAUAAGGGCUAUACUAACUUCGGAUCCAGAGGAGGGCUGGGCCGUGGCCCGGGGUGGUCUCCCCCUGGAUCCGCCACUGAUAAUGAAAACCCAUGAUAAUGAAAACUGAUAAUCAAUACCAUCUAUUGCACAAUGUGAUUUGAAGUCUAUAAGCAAUAUGUUAGGGGUUAGGACGUCCAACUCGAUUCACGAUUGGUAGAUUCCGCAUGUUGUGUUCUACGGCAGCAAAAUUCAAAUGAUUGUGAAUCACGAUAGACAUGUUUCUACUAUUAGUGUGAUAGGAAGUCCUUAUCCUAAUAGGUAUUGAAUCUUCGUUUUGAACUUUGAUUUCAAUCGUUUAGGAUAUUAAAAAAAAAUCUUAUGGUUUCUACCAUAGUAUCUUAAGUAAUCUCACAUGCUUUCGUUGUGAAAGACAUUAGCCUAAGCUUGUACAUUUGCAAGUGCUCACUUCAUUGCUGCAAUACUCUCUGUAAUUGCGUACCGAGUAUUAUAUAGGAUCUUCAAUUGAUCGAAUAUCAUUGAUGGGGAAGAUCCGACGGAACUAGGAGUGAACAAUAGUUCGUCCAAUUCGCACCCCGUUUUGUAUUUGACAAACUAAUCGUGUUGUGAUUCUCGAAUUCGUAAAAUUUACCGGACCAUAUUAAAUGUACCUCUGUUCAUUCUGAACAACCGGUAUCCCUAUGUGAUUUGGUUUGAUUCGGAACCAAAUCAAACCCACGAUCGAGAUGGUCACAGACGAUCUUUGGGAUUGAUAUUCCAUUGACCGGAAAAGUCGAGAAGUUUAAGUUUUACCAAAGAGGAGAGGGAGAAGAACCCAAGAAGUGAAAGAAAGAAACGCAGGUUAGAGAGAGAAAGAGAGACCAGGGGCGAUGAACCUUAGCAGACACGCACACAGAGAAAAGGAAGAGAAAGCUUUCCCCAAAAUGAAUGAAUGUCAGUCCAAUCCCCCACCUUCCUACAGUCCACAACUUGCCUCUUCCCCUCUCUCCCUCUUGCCUAAAAUUAAAUACCCAAAAAAGAAAGUUUGAAAGAAGAAACAAACCGGAAGAUGAACAAAUUCACUGAAUCCACCUCCCCCCCUCAAAAUCAUCUCUCCCCCUACCGAAAAACACCCCAACCUUUGCCGCUUCCUUGCUCUGUUAUUAUUACUCUAUUCACUGCAAGUAGCCUCCUAAUCUUCUUAACCCACCUAAAGCGGAAACCUCCCCAUUUCCUGCUCACCCAACUGGUGGAAAAAUAUUAAGCUCAAUCCAAAGGAAGAUUGAUUCAUCCAUCCUCUUCCUCCCCUCUGUUUUCUGUUCUUAAAAGAAAGGAAUCACCCACAGAGAGAUAGAUAGAGAGAAAGAUUAAUCUUUCUUAAUCUUCUUUGCUUCCUUAACUGCCGGCUUCUCAUUCUGCAACCAAUACUUAACAGGCCCUCCGUUUCCCCUUCACCAGCUGCUUCACAGGUUCGUUUCAUAUCUCCCUCUAAUAGUCUUUAGUUUCGGUUUUCUUUGGUGAUCCCAGUGAAACAAGGUUCGAACUUUAUACAUAAUUCUGCACUGGGUUUUCGAAUUCAGGAUCUGGGUUGUUGUUGAUUGGUGAUUUCUGUAAUUGGGUUUUGAUUUUUUUGUCGAUUCAGCGGGAACAGACCUAACAAUCCUCUUCCUCUGUUUUUUUCUCCCCUUUUCCAGGCUUGUGAUUUUCCGGGAAAACGCAAUUUAGCUGUUGGGAUUAUUGAAACCGCGAGAACACAAUAAACUGGCGGAUGAGUCGAGGAAUUUCUGGCGAACCAAUAACAGAAUGUUAGUAGAUUCCAUCGUUUCCCUCCUCUGCUGCAAAUCCUCCACGCUUGAACCAGCUUCUUUUCUCUAGCAUUUCAAGCAUUCCGACAAGUGGCUUCAGAUUCGACAAUUUUGGUACCGUUCGUCUAGUUAAAUGAACUUUGGGAACGCCAAUUCAGAUUCAACAGAACAACAGAGAAUCCCAAUCGAUCUACAGAGCCCUUGCGUGACCGGCAUUAUGGAGAUGAUGACAUCAAGAAACAGAGCCGCUCCUCCUUCUCAGUACUCAUCUUCAUCCGGUUCAAUUCCAGUCCCGCACCAAUUUAGGUCGGAGAUGGAGAAGAAGAGAUUCUUGUACAGUCAGAGAUCACAGAGCGGGAACAGUAGUAGUCCAUCAAGAAGCAGGCUGUUGCCGUCUGGUUAUUUCAGCUUGGAGUCUCUGUUUCUGUUAAUUGGACUGACGGCGUCUCUGCUCAUACUGCCUCUCAUCCUUCCGCCGUUGCCGCCCCCGCCGUUUCUGCUGCUUCUGAUUCCGAUAGGGAUCUUGGUUCUGCUCAUGUUCUUGGCUUUGAUGCCUAAUGCUAGGGAUAUGACCACUUAUACAUCUCUGUAAAUUUUCCUCACUUGUUCUUUGAACAAAAACGUUGAAGAGCUUGGAAUUAGUAGGUCAGAAGCAAAAAGGAUCAAUCUUUGCCCUUAUUUUGUUUAGACUAGUUAAGAUAAAAUUCAAGAAGAAUACGUAUACUUAUGAAAAAAGAGAGAAAUUGAAAGAUGGUAGGUUUGGAAAUUGAGAUUUUGUUAAGCUUUCGUUUUCCAUUAGUUUUAUUCAAGGGUGACAAAUUAUGUUUAUUGCAAUAUAUAUGAGUUUAUUAGAAGAAGAAAGUAUUAAUAAAUCAUUUCACAAAGAAGCACGACAAUACAAUUUACAUUACUGUUUAAGGACCAUAUUUGAUCAAACUUGUUGCUGUCCAAACUAGCCAUGGAAGUUUACCCUCUACCUACUUGAUUCGUGAAAUUUUACGGUUCACUCUGUCAAUAUAAGUUCAAGAUAUUUUCUCUUGAGUAAAUGCAUUAAAUGAUUCGUGAAAUUUUACGGUUCACAUACAACUUCAAGAUAUUCUCUUUCGAGUAAAUACAUUAAAUGAAUAGGUGAUUUAUUCGCGAACAAGUAUGUCAAAAAUAUUGUGUUUCAAAUUAUGAAUACUCCAUAUUAUACUUUAAACGAUUUCCCAAACCUUCUACAAAGAAGACACUUACAUUGUUCAACAUAUGGAACUCUUAUAUCUUGUUCGCCUCUCUAAAUAUAUGUAAAGUAUAAGUUUGAAUUCCCUUCUAAAAUUGUAUUGUGAAUAUUCGAAACUUAUAAGAAGCUUUGCUUUAAUUGAUAAUAUAUAUAGUGACUACUUCGGCGCACUCACAAAAAUGAGUGCGUUCAAUGCACCCAACUCAAAAACUAGUCUUAAGGAGUCGGAUUUUGAAUUUUAAUUUGUAGAAUUAGUAUAAUAUGAUGAUAUAACAUAUGAUAACAACUAAUUACCGGAUUACCCUAAGCCCUAGACCUCCAAUUUUGAGUUCUAUCCCUAAACUCCAAACUGUAAACCCUAACCCUAACCCUAGAUCUUUAAACUCUAAAUCCUUCAAAUUAAAGCAAAUCUUUCAUGGUUUUUGUGCAAAUUCAUGUGCGUUAUUGUUCAUCACAUCAUAAGUGAUGAUUGACAUCAUUUUGACAUAAAUCUCAUGUUUAAAAUGACGAUUAUGAAGCGAGUGCACUGAAUGCACCCAAAAAAGUGAGUGCACCAAAGACGCAACCAUAUAUAUAUAUAUAUAAAUGUUAUUAAGAACAUUAUUCUAAUCCCUACUCAUAAGAUAGAGACUAAUUUUGGAACAUUAUUAGAAUUAGUCUACCAAGAAAGUAUGUAAUCACCCGAUAAAUUCUAGACUAAUCUUUUUAUUUAAUCCAAUUGCUUAUGCAACUUGUAUGUGGUAUCACCAUUUUUGUUGGUAGUGAUGGAGUGAUGGCACCAAUACCUCCAUGUGUCAUGUGAUGCUUCCCUACUUCUUUUCUCCCAAUUGCUUUGAUUCCCAAUUUGUAGUGUAUUGUCGCUCAAUAAACUAAAAAUCCACAUGAUUGGAUAGGAGAGGUCAUGAAGAUGCAAUUAGCAGCCAAAGGGGAUGAAUGCUUCCUAAUUUAGGUAUGCAAGUGCAACCCUACCGCAUGAUACACAUCUAUCCCAACUUCAUCGUGUGACGAAAUCAUGUGGGGUUGAAUGAAAGUAUGUUCAUUUGGGUUGACUGUAUUUGUAAAUGCGAUGAUUUUUUGAAAUAAGUUUCGUUACAACAC